AUGUUGGUUAAAUUGACAUAUUUAUUUAUUUUUCUAAUUGAAAUAUUCUGUGUUAGUUGUUCUUCACCAUGUUCAUUAAGAUGUUUUAAUCAAAGUGAAAUAUCUCCAAAAGCUCCACCUAUUUAUAUAAAUGAUACAAAAAUAGAGGAAUUAUUAUUAUUUGAAAUAAAUUGUACUAGUAAUGAUAGUCUUAUCUAUGCAAAUGUUUCAAUAACAAUUGAUAAUAAACGUUCAAUUGAAAUAAAAAAUAAUUUACCAUUAGAUCUUAUUAAAUUUAAUGAUCAAUCACAAAAUUUAACAUUUUAUUUAACAAUUCAUGGAAAUUUACUUGGUUAUAGUCAAAUUAAAUUAUAUGUUGAAUAUUUAAAUCAAGAAAAAGAUAAAUAUAAUUAUACAGAUUAUCUUACUAUUGAUAUAGCUGUUAAAAGAAAAACAACAGUACUUGAUACUAUAUUUACAGUUAUUAUUAUUAUACUUGUUUGUAUUGGAACAUUUUUAAUUGGUUGUCGACUUGUUCUACAAAAUCUUUAUGCUAAUAUACGACGACCUAUUCCUUUACUUAUUGGACUUUUCAGUCAAUUUUUAUGUUUACCUUUAUUAGCUUAUGGUUUAGCUAAAAUGGCUAAACUUGAUUCAUCAACAGCAAUUGGUUUAUUAUCAACAGGUUCAUCACCAGGCGGUGGUGCAUCGAAUAUGUAUACAGCUAUGUAUGGGGGAGAUAUUGAUUUAUCAGCUUCAAUGACAUUUACUAGUACAAUUCUUGCUUUUGGUACAUUUCCAGUAUGGAUACUUUUAUUGGGUAAAGAAUUUAUCAAUACACAUAAUGUACAUUUUCCAUGGGAAAAUAUGUUUGUUACACUUAUUUCUCUUGUUAUACCAGCUGGAAUCGGUUUGUUAGUUCGUUGGAAAAGACCAAUAAUUGCUGAUCGUUUUACAAAAUUUCUUCGUGUUUUAACAAUAUUCUUUAUAUUAUAUAUCUUAACAUUUGGUAUUUAUACAAAUGUUUAUGUAUUUAAAUUAAUUGAUUAUAAAACAAUAAUUGUUAGUACUCUUUUACCUUAUAUCGGUUUUCUUAUUGGAUUUAUAAUGUCAUUAAUAACAAGACAAAGUUGGGAACGUCUUAUUGCUAUUUUUAUUGAAAGCGGGUUACAAAAUACGGGUGUAGCUAUAUUCUUUCUUCGUUUGUCACUACCUGAACCUGAUCGUGAUUUGGCUAUAGUUGUACCAAUAUUUGUUGCAAUAGCAAUUCCAAUUCCUCUAUUAAUAAUCUAUAGUUUUAUUCUUAUUUAUCGAUCAAUUAAAAAGCGAAAUGAAACAAAUAAUAUAAUAACAGAUAUAAAUAAUCAACGUGAUAGAUCGGAUUAUGAAGUAAUGGUUAAUAGUGACAAUGAGCAAUAA